AUGAUUCGGAUCAAGGCGGGAGUUAGCUUAGAUUACGAAACUAAAGACAGUUACAACUUAACGGUGACUUUUUCCGACGGCGUAGCAAGUGAUUCCGAGCUAGUUGCGAUAACUGUCACGAACAAAAACGACGCACCUACGUUGCCAAGUUCUCCGUACUCCACGAGCGUUUCCGAAGAUGUGUCCGUGGGAGCGAGUGUUUACGACGUAGAUGCAAGUGACCAGGACGGUGAUUCGUUAACAUAUACGCUGUCGGGAACUGGUGUAACGCACUUUACGAUUGAUUCCAAUACGGGGAUUGUAACAACCACUCAGGCGUUGGAUUACGAAGAUACGACCUCUUAUUUCGUGACCGGUGAGUAAAUAAGUGAUAUAUUUGAAGAGAGUUUACUGGGAAAAUUCAUAAGAGACAUAAUUGUAACUUCAUACUAUAUGAAUCUUGUAAGAAAGCUUCAAAUCCAAGUGACGGUUUCUAAUGCCAACAUACUUAACUGGAGGAAGAGGUCAACAAGACUUACAGCACAUUGGUAUGUUAAUCAAUUUUGAAGAUUUCCAACUCUGUUUAUCUUAUGUCAGAUUUUAGCAUAUUAUGACAAAUAUUGGCUUGAGUGUUUUUGAAAGGUAAGCAUACAAUGUUUUGGGGCAAUUUUGGGGUUCUAGCGAAAAUCUUUUCCUUACACUGACUUAUACCACAUUAAGUCUCCUUUUUGAUUCCAAUUCUGAAUCCUGAUUCAAUUACAAAAAUCCUUAGUUCAGACCUAAAAACCCAUCGUCUGUCGCUAAAGGAAAUGUUUAACUGGAAAAAGAAAGUGGAGCAGAGGUGAAGAAUUUUAUAAACUGGUCCCUAAUGCUGCGAUUUACAGUGUAAAUCCGCCGUAAGCAUGAGCUACAAAAAUGCCUGGCUAAAGUUUUUUACUUUUAGGCUCCUUUCACAUGGCACAAUAUUACUGUGACUCUGACCAGGAGCUCAUAAUCCGGAGUAAGCAACCCCCAUAUUAGGCCGAGGUCACGGCGUUUUCAAGGACGGGUUUAUUUUUAGAUACUCUUAAAAGCAUUUUUUCUCGCGAAAAUGGAAACCUCUACUCCUUCCACGAGUGCCUCCGAGGAAUAAGAUGUUAAAAUUGUAAAUUAAACGUCAUUAUAAGGUCAGUAAUAAACACGUGAAAUGAGUACAUGGAAGUUGCCGCCAGCUUUUGGUUAUUAGCGAGCUUACGCAACAGGAUGGGAGAGGAAAGAGGACGGCAAACCUUGUGUGACAAGCGUGACAAUUUUGUUUGAAAAAUCUUUUCUCCAAACUUUACACUCCUUUAAACAGAUCUUUUUGUAAAAGACCAGAAAACAUUGAAAUAAGUGAAGAUCGAUCACGACAAAACACGCAAGUGAUAGCUCUGUCACGUUUGUCAUACACGAGCGUUUAUCCGUCCUCUUCUUUCUUCCGUCCUGUUGCGUAAACUCACUAUUGACCCCCUGGAACCGUUCCGUGUGAACGAAGUGUGUGGUCAAAACUUUCAGUCGGACGAAAAUUCGUCCGCUUCAGCCGUGUGAACUUAGCCUUAACUUGAUCCUUUCUUCUCUAGUUCAUGUAUCUGAUGGAAAUGGCGGCCGCACCUCCACCAGCCUUACAAUCACCAUUAGUGACGCAAACGAUAGCCCAGAAUUCCUUGGGGCACCAUAUACUUCGGCCAUUGAUGAAGGUCUGACAAGUGGAUUUACUGUUCUCACUGCAUCCGCCAUCGACGAUGACAGCGGAGAUACGCUAACUUAUAGUCUCUCUGGAACCAACAACGCUGACUUUGCAAUUUCCAGCAGCUCUGGUGUUAUUACAACAGCAAAAAUAUUAGACUAUGAAACGGUUACUUCGUAUUCUCUCACAGUUUCUCUAAGCGAUGGAACCGUUACGGUAACAACAUCAUUAACAAUCAUCGUCAACAAUAAAAAUGAUCAGCCCGCUUUUACUAAGGCACCCUACUCUGCAGCGGUUGAUGAAAAUAACGCAGGCACAUCUGUUUGCACCGUGAGUGCCUCUGAUGAGGAUACCGCUGACACCUUGUCGUUUAUCCUCUUGGGCUCAGGUUCGGGGGAUUUUGUUCUAGACUCUUCUACAGGUGUGGUUACUCUCUCCCGCGCUCUUGACUACGAGUUAAGAUCUUCGUAUUUUCUGUCUGUUAUUGUUUUAGACGGCAGAGGAGGCAGCGCAAGUACAAAUCUCAACGUAACUGUAAACGACAUCAAUGAAUCUCCUAAUUUUCUUUCUACACCAUUAAGUGUUAGCAUCGCAGAGAAUCUCCAAACAGGAGUUAAUGUGAUACGUAUAAAAGCUUCUGAUGAAGACAGUGGUGAUUCUCUGACCUACUCGCUCAGCGGAACUAACAGCAGUCAUUUCGCCAUCUCUUCAUCCACUGGCCUGGUAACGACUGCCCAAUUGCUGGACAAAGAAACAGUGGGCUCAUACUCCCUGAACGUCACCGUUACUGACGGUACUUUAUCUGUUACUGAAUCCCUGUCAAUCACAGUAAGUGACGUUAAUGACGCGCCUGCAUUCAAUGACGCACCGUAUGCUACCACCGUGAUUGAAAACGAUGCGGCAGCAGCAGUUUACACGGUCAGUGCCACGGAUGACGAUGGCGAUUCAUUGACAUUUACAAUAACUGGAACCGGAAGUGUGGAUUUUUCGCUCAAUCCAACAACAGGCGUGGUCACCCUAGUGGAUGCUUUAGAUUACGAAAGCACUUCCGUUUACUAUCUCACAAUCAGAGCAUCAGAUUCAAAUGGGGGAGUAGCUACUACAAGCUUAAACGUAACAGUUGUAGAUCAGAAUGACUCGCCGCAAUUUCUAAGCACACCCUACAUUGUUAACAUCGGUGAAAAUCUUCCAGUGGGGACUACUGUGAUAAAGGUUGUCGCUAGUGACCAGGAUCCUUCUGAUUCGUUGACGUACAGUCUCUCUGGAACCAAUAAUAACCACUUUAGCAUUGGUUCAAGUACUGGCGUUAUCAGCACGGCUCAAGAACUCGACAGGGAAAAUAUCAAUUCUUAUUCACUGACUGUGUCCUUAUCGGACGGUAGUGUCACAGUUACUGAAGCAAUAAGUAUUAGUGUUGAUAACGCAAAUGACCCUCCGACGUUUUCUAACGCGCCGUUCAACGUUAGCGUUAACGAAAACAUCAACAGUGGAAAUUUGCUCACUGUUUCAGCCACAGAUGAUGACGGCGAUGCUAUUUCGUUUAGCAUAUAUGGCGUAGGAAGUGAGUUAUUCUCGGUUCAUUCAAGCAGUGGGGUGGUGUCUCUAGCAGGCGCGCUUGACUACGAAACAGUCAGCGGUUAUACGCUAACGAUAUGGGCAAGUGACGCAAAUGGAGGAGUGGCUACAACCUCAUUGUAUGUUGACGUUGUCAAUCAAAAUGAUGACCCCACCUUUCUAGGCACACCUUACAGUUCAAGUGUAAGUGAGGAUGCAGCUGUUGGCAGUACUGUGUUGGUUUUAACAGCUUCAGAUCAAGACGGUGACUCUUUGACGUUUACUUUAAUUGGCAGCAGUGAUUUUAGCAUUGGUUCAGCAACUGGAAUCAUCACCAUAAGCCAGGUAAUACUCAUCCUCUGAUACCUUAUAUUGCACGCCCAACUUUGAACGUAAUCUGGUACCCAGAUCUCACUAUGUCUUACGCUGAAAAGUGAGAUCUCCCUUUCCCUUGGCCGUGGGAGAUCUGGGUACAAGAUUACUUUGAACGCGCAUUCCAUCGCUAAAUAAAUGAGACAUGCCCUUGCAGAACAGCGUUUCUUCAGGGGAAAUCCAAGUCCAGUUCAAAACAACGAUGUAACUAGUCGGAAGAAACACCUGGCCCAAUUUGUUGAUAAGGUAGAUAGCGCCAUUUACGGGAUAAAUUACUAUCCACCGUAUACCGCAAUUGGAUACCCUAAUACUUAUCAACUGACAGGAGCAGAUGACCUCCUCCCAUUGGAUAUUGAUUUCUCCAGAGGACAGUGCUAUUCAGGCUUACAAAAACUGGGGUCUGGGAGGCAAAGCGUUUUGUCAGUUCCGCCAAAUUUGUCGCUGAAAGCUAGAAAAUAAAAAAUAGACACAAAAAUGUCCCAAUUGCUAUUUGAAAUCGACUUCCAAGAAAACGCUGAGGGUCUCGAAUCUGUCGUAUCCGAUUAAGAACCAGUCCGCUAGGUCCACUCUGUUUCUGGAUUCAGAGGGCUAAAGGUUCGUUAUUGGAUUCCUUUAAAAAAACAAAGAAUCCCUUUUCAAAAUCGAUUUUCCGGAGUCGAGUUGUCCUGAUUCUAAUCGUACCAACGAAACCCAGCCCUCGCAGAUCCGUUCUUUUCGUUUGGCCCAGUUUUCUAACUCGUUAUCGGGGACAAGCUUUUUUUAAUAGCGGUCGCGGCAUUUUAUUUCACUCAUACGUCUUUAAUCUAUUCUUGACGUGGACUUUAGCUGGUGUCCGUACUAUCGGCGAGGUGUCCGAAAGGCGAGAAAUAGAGAGCUUUAGAUUUGAGGACAAGAACAAGUAACAGUACGAGAAUUAACUUGAAGUUUUUCAAAAAUGUUGAAAUGUUGAUAUGUUCUCAAAAAUAGACACCCCGGAAAAACUUCAUUUGACUUUUUUCACCAAAAAUGCUUGUACGGUUAUACUGAAGGAGGUUAAGCACUCUCCCGAUAGCAAAAUGAUAAAACUUCUUACAUUUGAUAACUUGUUCCCACCAUGACGACGGCUACCUCGUUUUCCCACCAAAAUGACGCUGGUUCACGCAUGUGCAAUACUCGGUAUUGAGAAAAUCUCAUACUCGUUGUCGUCCUCGUACUUGAAUCUAAAACUCACUUAUGAUCAUCUGUAUGACUACUACAUAGCUUUUAUGUAAAUCUAUACAUUUUAUCUCUUCGACUAUUUUGUUCUCCUUCCCAGUCCCUGGAUUAUGAAACGACAAGCUCUUACUCACUGACUGUCAACGUCACUGAUGGAACAUCCAUAGUAUCACAACCGCUGACCAUAAGUGUCAGGGACACAAAUGAUGCUCCAGUAUUUACUAAUUCACCUUACGCUGCGAGUGUGAAUGAAAACGAGGCUGCCGGACAAGUAUAUACAGCCAGCGCCACAGAUCAAGAUUCCGGUAAGUGUUUUGGAAAAAUAGAUACCAGGGCUACCCUUCCUUACACUAGUCCAGUAAUUGGUUAAAUAAUUGCCCUAGGAUUUUAGGCUAAUGAAAACGGAAAGGGAAAACGAAAAUUAGCUUUGACUGUUGAGUUCUCCCUGUCUCCUUAGUUAUUGCUAACUAUGCUGUCUCCUAGAAAGAGAGCUAGUAUUUGUUUCAACAUCUGAUCGUGUCGUCGGAUGACUGUGUCUGUGAAAGCGGUGCAUGUUUGGUUUGGUUUUAGGACGCGCAAUGCUUAUAAAUAAUGCCUAUGAUUUGAACACCAUUUCCUUUUAAUUUUCCUCAGGUGAUUCAAUAACCUUUCUGUUAUCUGGUCCAGGAAGUGCAGACUUCUCCAUCCAUCCAGUCAGCGGUAUUGUGUCAUCAAGUCAGGCUCUUAACUAUGAAUCCAUCUCGUCUUACCUUUUAACCAUUACCGCCUCGGAUUCAAACGGUGGGAUAGCUCAAACCACACUCAAUGUGACAGUUGUCAAUCAAAAUGAUGACCCCGCCUUCGUAAGCGCGCCAUUUUCUGCAGAAGUGGACGAGAAUCUUGUCAGUGGUUCCACGGUGUUAAAGGUUACUGCGACUGAUCAAGACGCAAGUGACUCGCUGUCCUAUAGUAUUGCAGGCACAAAUUCUGGGCACUUUGCAGUGUCUUCUGUAGGGCUUAUUACAACAACACAUGUGUUAGACUACGAGUCAGUUAGCAGUUAUUCUUUGAAUAUUUCCGUUUCGGAUGGUUCUACCACUAUAACAGAAGCUUUGUCAGUCACUGUAAAAGAAACAAAUGAUUCUCCAGCUUUCAAUAGCGCCCCUUAUACAGUCACAGUACCAGAAAAUAACGUGAGUGCCACCGUCUAUACCUUGAGCGCUACCGAUACGGACAGCAGUGAUACGCUGGAAUAUUUCCUCUCAGGGGUAGGAAGCGGUGACUUUUCUAUCCUGUCCUCUACUGGGUUAGUUUCACUAAGUAACUCAUUGGACUACGAAAGGAAAUCCAGUUAUGUUUUUAGUGUUAUUGUACGCGAUGGAAAUGGUGGACAAGCGACUUCAUCCCUGACAGUUACCGUUUCAGAUGAAAACGAUAGCCCUGACUUCAUUGGCACUCCAUACAGCGCGUCUCUUGAUGAAGACGUACCCAUAGGAACAACAGUUUUGCAAGUAUCAGCAACUGACCAGGACACCUCAGAUACCCUUUCAUACAGCUUAGCUGGAAAUAAUAACUCUGACUUCAGCAUCGGUUCAAACUCUGGGAUCAUCACCACUGCUGUUACUCUUGAUUACGAGGCUAUUAGCUCUUAUUCUUUGACAGUUUCUGUCACGGAUGGAACCGUGACAGUAACGCAAGCUCUAAGUAUUAGUGUCACGGACAAAAAUGAUGCCCCAGCCUUCACAGCCGCGCCUUAUUCCCUCACAGUGCAAGAAAACACCACGAGUAACUCACUACUCACAGUAAGCGCCACUGACCAAGACACUGCGGACACUUUGAACUUUCUUCUCUUAGGAAGUGGUAGCGAGUUUUUCUCUAUCCAUUUGACAUCUGGGGUGGUUGCUUUGACAACAGUAUUGGACUACGAAGUGACGUCAUUGUACACUCUUACUGUGCGUGUAUCGGACAGUAAUGGAGGAGUUGUUACCACUUCAUUGACUGUCACAGUCUCAGACGCCAAUGACUCUCCCCAGUUCCUUGGUAUUCCCUACUCAGCAACGGUCAGCGAAAAUCUCCCAAUUGCCACUGACGUCAUCAAAAUUUCAGCUUUCGACGCCGAUGGUGGUGAUUCUUUGAGCUACAGUUUAUCCGGAACUAAUAGCGGACAUUUUCAAAUCUCUUCAUCUUCUGGUCUUGUGGAGACAACGCAAUUACUGGACUAUGAAACUGUCAAUUAUUACUCGCUCACUGUAAGCGUAAGCGACGGUUCAGUCAAUAUCUCCACCAGCUUGACCAUUUCUGUUUCAAAUACCAACGAUGCUCCUUACGUCACAAACCUUCCUGGUAACGUCAGCGUUGCCGAGAAUGACGUCACUGCAGCCGUGAUUGACGUAAAUGCAAGUGACCCUGAUGGCGACAAUAUCACUUUUUCCUUGAGCGGAACUGGAAGUGACGAUUUCCUGAUCAAUUCUGCCACAGGGUUGGUAACCUUAAACAGGGCACUCAACUACGAGAUCCAGGAGCUGUAUUCAUUAACGGUACGCGUGUCGGAUGGAGCAGGAGGCGUGGCCUUUGCGUCACUCACCGUCAUAACUGUCAAUCAAAACGACCCACCUGCCAUUCUAGGAGGUCCUUAUACAGCGAACGUUGAAGAGAGUUUAAACGCAGGUACCACAGUAUAUAAGGCCGCCGUGUUUGAUGAGGAUUCAAGCGACACACUAUCUUUCAGUAUAUCAGGGACAAACAGUAAUCAUUUUGCUAUUUCUUCAGCUGGUAUAGUCACCACAACUCAAGCACUUGAUUACGAGUCUAUUACUUCAUACACACUUAUCGUAAGUGUCUCCGAUGGUUCAGCAAGUAUGAACACGACUUUGACAAUCACUGUAGUAGACACUAAUGACUCGCCCCAGUUUACCAAUGCUCCAUACGCGGUCAAUGUUGAUGAGAAUGAUGUUGGCGCAGCUUUGGGUAAUGUGUCUGCUGUGGACGUGGACAGCGGUAAGUUGAGUUUUCAAAUCUUUUUUGUCUGUAGGAAAACAGCAUUAUCAAAAGUCAGCAGUACUUACCCCUCUCUCAAAGUUUGUACAGAAAUGUUCUUUCAAUCUAUUUAGCGAAAACUUGUGUCACGGGACUUUAGCAAAGCUACCAUCAACAGGCCCUUUGUAGUUAGUCAGUCACGUGCUACAAAACCGCCAUACGCCACUUCCACAUUUCCCAUAAUGCGCCUUGGGGGCAAAUAAGGUGCAUUAUGGGAAAUGUGGAAGUGGCGUAUGCUAGAUAGUAAGAAAUGCACUGAGACAAGACAAACAAAGGAAAUUACCAUUUAAAAUCAUGUAAAAGACUUUUGUUUGUCUUGUCCUGAUGAAUCCCUUGCUCUCCAGCUUGGCCGUUUUGCACCACGUGAACUGACUAGCUAGGGCCUAUACCGAUUAUUGCUAGUUUCAUAUUUCCCUGUUUUCAAUUUCUUUGAAAUAUAUCAUGACUUGUGAAUUUUCUCUCGUCAGGUCCGGCGGACACGCUUACUUUCUCCUUAUACGGAGCAGGAAGCAGUUUCUUUUCCCUUCACCCCAGCACUGGUGUAAUAAGUCUCACAGCCGCCUUAGACUAUGAAGAAUCGUUCCAGUACACUUUGACAAUCCGGGUCAGUGAUGGGCGUGGGGGACUGGCGACGACUAGCCUUACAGUGAGUGUUAAUAAUGUGAAUGAUCCGCCGGUUUUUCAGGGAACUCCUUUCACCACUACUGUCAGUGAAAAUGUUCCGGAUGGUACCAGCGUGCUUCAAAUAAAAGCAACAGAUGAGGACAGUAGUGAUACGCUUUCUUAUUCGCUAUCAGGCACAAACAGCUCUCAUUUCCAGGUCUCUUCAUCUACUGGGUUAAUUUUGACCGCGCAAGAGCCGGACUAUGAAGUUCUUAACUACUACUCCCUGACAGUAAGCGUUAGCGAUGGAACCACCACGGUGAGUCAACCACUGACUAUCACAGUCGCUGACGAAAAUGACUCUCCAGUAUUCUUAGACGCGCCUUACUCGGUACAAAUUAACGAAAACGACGCUUCCGCGUCCGUUUUAAGGGUGAACGCCUCUGACGCUGAUAACAACACGUUGCAUUUUACAUUGGCAGGAUCUGGAAGCACUCACUUUUCAAUUCAUCCACAAACAGGAUUGAUAUCUUUAGCUCAAGCACUGGAUUUUGAAGAUAUAAUAAUGUACGUGUUAACACUAAUAGUAACAGACGGAGAAGGUGGUGUUAACACGACCUCAGUUACAGUAGAGGUCAUCAACCAGAAUGACGUCCCUGUUUUUGCCAGUGCUCCAUACGCUGCGGCUAUUGAUGAAAACAUCGACACUGGAACCCAAGUUGUUUUAGCGUCCGCUUCGGACGAAGACAGCAAUGAUACCCUGGUGUAUUCACUCUCUGGAGCGAACAGCUCCCAUUUUACCAUCUCUGCAACUGGUGUAAUAUCAACAGACAGUGUCAUUGACUAUGAAAGUAGCAGCUCCUACUCUUUGACUAUCUUAGUUUCGGACGGAACAGUGUCUUUGAGCACACCCUUAACUAUAACUGUGAACGACAUAAAUGACGCUCCAGCGUUUACAAGUACGCCGUACGCCGUCACUUUAAAUGAAGGAACAGCGUCUUCUGUCAGCGUGUUUAAAGUCUCUGCGAGUGAUGAAGACAGUGACUCUAUUGUCUUUUCAUUUGUAGGGAUCACCAGUUCAGACUUCACCAUAAACAGCGUAAGCGGAGAAAUCAGUACCGCCACGCUCAUUGACUUCGAAACUACACCUUCUUAUGUGCUAACCGUGCAGGCAUUCGAUGGAAACGGUAGAAAAACGCUCUCGACGGUCACCGUGACUAUCACUGACAUCAACGACGAAACGCCGACAUUUAACAGCGCCUCGUACAACGGUCACGUGACAGAAAACGUCGCCAUCGGAUCUUCGGUAAUGACCGUGACUGCUUCGGAUGGUGAUGUCGCUGACACAUCGCUUGCCUAUUCAUUAUCGGGCUCUAACAGUUCACAUUUCAGUAUAACUAGCAAUGGUUUGAUUCAAACUGCAACAAACAUUGAUUAUGAAGCAGUGCAGGUCUACUCAUUGACUCUCACAGCUACAGAUAAUGCAAACAAUACCGGUACAACCACUUUAAUAAUAUCAGUAAUAAAUGCUGUGGAUAAUGAUCCAGUGUUCAGCAGCUCGUCGUUCAGCGCCAGUGUGUCGGAAGAUAGCAUUCCUGGCACGAGUGUCAUAAGGGUAACGGCAAGUGAUGACGAUCUGUCAGAUGUUAUAACCUACACAAUAUCAGGUACGGAUAACAGUAAUUAUCAAGAACUGAAUCAUUUGAUUAUGCAAUUGUAGAGCUCUGAUGGGCUUAGACAUCAUGGUAUAUGAGCCAUUAUACCAUGCAUGCUCUCCAAAUAUGGUAACUGUACGCGUCUGCUCAAAAUUAAAAAAAGAUCUUAAAAUCGGUUGUUUUUACAAAUAAAGUCGGGAAGAAUUCUAGAUAUUUCGUGGGCUUCUUUAAUAAAAAAAUUAUUACACUCGCGCUUGUUGGAUAUGAGAUGAUUAUAGCCAACUCAUAUCCAACGCGCACUCGUGGAAUAAUUGUUACUGAGAAACUUACAAAACCGUGAACACCGGAAAUAUUUAUGGAAUGUUAUUGUGCUGCGAGAAAUAAGCUAAUUAGGCGCUAGAUAACUAAACCGCAAACAGCAACGUAAUUAAUUGUGGUUUUGAGGUUUGUUCGCGUGUCCUGAACUUUGUUGUGAUUGGCCAGUACACAAUCAACAUUCCUGAAAUUCUUCAGGUGUUCACGGUUUUCUGAGUUUGACAGUAAAUAGUUUACUUUUCACUUUUUGUAAAUUUGUCUUUAUGAAGAUCGAAGAAAUCUGAGAAUUUAGUCGACAAGAACAGGCGGUCGGACAUACAGAUACUUUUAACUGAUAAAGACAAUGAUGAUGAUGAUGACGAUGAUAAUUAUGAUGCGGGAAUGCAAAUUCUGUAAUGAUGUUAAUAAUGUUAAUUAUAAUUCUGAUGACAUGAUGUGCCGUUUAAACAGCACAAUUAUAGACCACAGAAGAUGACAAAAUUGUUUUCUUACUACAUUCUACUUAACGAUAAAUGCAAACAAUUAACGAGUGUACGUACGGCGGUGUGGAAUCUUUUCUCUAAUUUUGCCAGGUCGCCCCUCAGCAGUAUUUUGAAAAAAGAAAAAAACCUUUUAAUAUUGAAGUCUAAAGAGACCUUUCACUACUGUUUAAGUUAAAAGUUAAAAAUCAAAGCUAUUGCCGAUCGACGGCUUCAUCGUUUCGUUGACUAACUUUCUAUACGAGAUUUUCUCAAUACUAAGUAUUGCACGCGCGUGAAGCAAAGUCAUUUUGGCGGGAAAACGUGGUAGACGGCGUCAUGAUCACUCUUAGUUCGAGUUUUAGUGAGAAUGUCGAAGUGGCGGAAACAAGUUAUCAAAUAUUAGUAGUUUUAUCAUUUUUUGAUCGGGAGAGGGUAUAACCUCCUUCACUAAAGGUAACAGUGCUAACCUUUCCAGUAAAAAAUAGUAAAAUGAAGCUUUCCGGGGAGUCUAUAUUUUGAGAAUACGCGAAAAAACUUUAAUUCACAUCUCGUACUCUUAGUCGUCCUCGUCCUUGAAUCUAAAGGUCUCUAUUGGACGAUUUACUUUUUAAGUCGUAUACAGAAUAUCUAUGUUUGUCUCUUACAGGAGCAGACAGCGUCAACUUCACCGUUAACGAAAACACUGGAGUGAUUUCCACCAAUGCUUUACUAGACCGUGAGUCACAAGACUCCUAUUCAUUCACUCUCACCGCUACGGAUUCUGGGGGUCGUUUUUCAUUGGUUGCCAUUAAUGUCACCGUCAGUGAUGUAAAUGAUAACAAUCCCGUAUGUGGAACGUCUGUCUAUGCUGGUUCAGUGGCAGAGAACGCGGCUGUAGGAACUUCAGUAAUAACAGUGGAGUGUCCUGACUUGGAUAUUGGCGGAAACGGAGAGGUCAGCCACUUACUAAUGAACUUACACAAAAGAACGGCCCCGGUAGAACGUCAGAGGAAAGAAGACGGCAAAACUUGUGUGACAAGCGUGAUCGUAAUCGUGUUUGAGAAACGCUUCCCCCUAACUUCUCCUUGCUUAAUUUAAACAGGUCUUUUUGUAGAAGACCAGAACCCAGUAAGGUUAACUAAAGAUCUCGACAAAACUCGCAAGUAAUAGCCCUUUCACGUUUGUCAUAUCACGCACAAACGUUUUGCCGUCCUCCUUUUCUCUUUGUUGCGUAAGCUCACUAUUUUCGUAAAGGUGCUGAUUUUUCUCAGACACAGUUAAGUAAGUACCGCGCUAAACGGCGGCCAGGAUUUUAUUCACAAACUCAAAAGUUAGAAUCACCUUCACUGUACCUUGUACAGCAUAAUAAACAGAGUCACAGGAAAUGACUGCUCAGAAGCUUUCAACUGAAUGAUCACUCAUUGAUCACUCAUAAGGAUUGUAUCCACAGAAUCAAAAAGUUUGAACCACCUUUUACACAGUGCCACACGUAAGUAGCUUCCGGCAGCUUUUAUUGGAUUUUCAAGCUGUAGUGGCCUGUUAUAUCGUAAUGAGUUUAUAGACAGUGGUGUUUGUUUUUUUUUUCUUUAGGUAACAUACAGUAUAGUAUCCGGGGAUGCUGGAGCCUUUGUAGUGAAUUCUUCAACUGGCAAGAUUUCCACAAGCGCGUCUCUUGAUUUCGAAUCACUACAAGAAUAUAAAAUAACCGUUGAAGCUUCAGAUGCUGGCUCCCCUCCAAAAACAGCCACCACUACAAUUCUGAUAACCGUUACCGGCAUAAACGAACACACACCGCAGUUUACAUCCAGCGGUAUUUACAUUGUAAAUGUCUCGGAGAGCCUGGCACUAGGUCAUGACGUCAUUGCUGUGUCGGCCAAUGACGCCGAUAUGGGCUCACAAGGAGAGGUUACCUACUCCAUAACCGCGGGAGACGCAUACGGGAACUUUAUCAUUGACAGAAAUAGUGGGCUGGUAGAACUGGUUUACAUUUUGGACUACGAAACCAGUUCCCAGAUCACUCUUACAAUUACAGCUACAGACGGCGACUCGGGAAGUCCACUUAGUGCCCAGGCUACCGUGACUGUGAAUUUGUUGGACUUCAAUGAUAAUAACCCAGCAUGCCUUCCUGGAUUGCUGACGCCCGCAAUACUUGAGACAGCUGCUGUCAGCGAUGUUGUGGCUACGCUGAACUGCAGUGAUCAAGACUCAGGGAUAAACAGCCAAUUGAGUUACACGAUAUCAACAGGAAACUCAGACGGUAAUCAAUCAUGAUAAAUAAGCGUGGUAUAGUAAUAAUAUAGUGUAGUAUCGUAUAUUUUAUACAAUGACCUGAAUUCUACACGCGCUGUGAUUGCUCGUUGCCCAUGAGAGUACAUAUACAUGGUGACAUCACGGGAAUCUCGUUUUUGUUUUUUUUGCGGUUUUGCAAAUGUUUGUGAGAUUAUUUCGGAUUAAACAAGUGAAAGCCUCGAAAAAACGUUUAGUUGGAGCUGUUUAAAAAAAAGAAAAAUGGAGAAACGGAGACAAAAAGAAUUCUUGACAACUUUAGAACGCCGAAACCCCAAGAAAUCUUCAUAACAGUUGCCAUCGUGUGUCAUUGCUACGAGAGACUCGCUGUUUUGCAAAAUGUUCUCGCCAUUAUUCUGCUUUGAGCAAUAAAAGACGUUGAAAAACUUUCGAGGAAACCGUAUACAAGAAAUAUAUUGAAAAAAAAGAAAAAACAGAGACGAAAAGUAGCGUUUGGGACUUAAACAAUGCUUAAACUAACGCCAAUCCUCGAACAGUCAAAGGGUGCAAGGCAGGUAUGUGUAUCAGUCUUUUUUCUUUUCUGAUCAUUGUAUAAAACAAAUAGCUAGAUUGCAUGUUGUCGUUGGUGUGUUCAGUAAUAGAGCAAAGAAGACGUCAAAAUGUGGUAAAAACAUCAGUGACGGACUCGCUUGCGGCUCGUAUACCACUUCUUUAUUUUUACCACAUUUAGUCGUCAUCUGUGAUCUAUUACUGAACAGACCCAAGGCCGGCAACAUGGAAUCUAUUUCAGUUAAUUAGAAAAAGUGCUGUUAGUGGAGCCAGGGUAGGAUUUGACUCGCGUGUAACGGCACGCGAAAAUGUUUAAAGAUUUGAAGGUAGAUCUUGGUUGUAAGGUUCUGACUUGCUGCAUGAUAGAACGCCCAAGAUGAAUUCUCUUCACAUAUCAGCAUCCUCUCUCCACUUCAGCUGGGGGAAGUGUCAUAGGAAAAGGUCACAAGUUGGAAACCCUUUGAGAACUGUGAAGAUCAUUCUUCAAGUAUAGAAAAUUUAUCCCUAUGCUUUGAUCUUUCUUUCAGGAAAAUUCAGCGUGUCCAGUAACGGAACAGUGGUUAUUGCAGACACUCUAGAUUACGAUGCAGUUAGGUCAUACUCGCUUACCAUCACAGUGACAGAUGGAGGUGUGUCAAGUCUUUCCACUGAGGUUUCUGUUCACGUGUCUGUGUCUCCAGUCAAUGAACACUCGCCCGUUUUCACAAACAGCGGAGCUUACGUGGUAUCCGUUCCCGAGGAUACAAGCCUCGGUACGGAAAUCACACGAGUCACAGCGAACGAUGCAGACGAUUCCGGGCACGCCCAUGGAAGGGUCGUCUAUUCGAUCGUUUCGGGAAAUACAGGCUUCUUUUUCUAUAUAUCCGCCGACAACGGAGCAAUACAACUUGCGAGGAACCUGGACAGAGAAGCUACUUCCUCUUACACGCUUGAAAUCGAGGCUACAGAUGGAGAAAACUCUGUCAAUGCUACUGUGUCAAUCACAGUAACGGAUGCCAAUGACAACAAGCCAAUCUGUAAUCCUUCGUCUUACAGUACUGCCGUCAGGGAAGAUGCUGGCCUGGGAACUAAUGCACUCAGUGUAACAUGUUCUGAUGACGAUGAAGGGGAUAAUGGCCUUUUAGUUUACAGGUAAUUAGUCUUUCCGUUUCUGGGAAGGGGGGGAUGGGGGCUGGUGGGGCAAAGAGACCGGCUGACCUCAGACUAACAGGUAAUGAAUACGAGAUGGUAUCCAAGUAUUGAAAAGGAGAUCAGUAAGGAGGCAUUUGAACUCGUUCGUCUUAGAUUAUCUCCUGUUUGCUCGGAUUUGAAUAUGUGAUCUUUUUAAGCCUUUUUCUUGUCCAAACGAAGCUUUAAUUAUCUCAAAUGCAGUCGCGAACAGCAGUUUUUGUUAGAGAGAUUUAGUAUCACGUUUACGGCAAACGAAAGAAGUCAAUUGUACCGUGUGACCAAGUUUUCUCUUUACCUAUAGAGUGUUUUCACUCACGUGGCCAGCAUAUAUGCAAAUUUAUUGGAACAAAAGAAAGCGUUUGCAUAAGAAAAUAGUUCAACUCCCAGAGGACUGGUUUGGGACACCAAAAUGGCCGCCGUUUCAUUGUUUUGGGACACCAAUAUGGCUGCCUUGACGUCAUGUGAAAACACUCCAUAUUGUUCAUUAUCUCUGCAAAAAUUUGUAGCCACGGUUUUAGUCGAGUUUUGUGCAUAAGAGAUACCCUGCAUAGUUUCUGUUCAUUUUCUGUUAGUAGAAAGCGUCACAUGAAUUUGCCGUUUACCAUUAACAUAAGUCUAAAUCCCUCAUCUUUCUGUAUUGGUGACCUGUCCUUACCUCAUUGUGUUUCUUUACGACAGUAUCACAUCUGGGAACUCCAAUACUAGCUUCAGCAUUGAUUCCAACGGAACAUUGUCCACAGCCACGUGGCUGGAUUACGAGACCACGCCCAGUUUUGCACUCACAGUACAAGCACGUGAUUCAAGCAGUCCGUCCUCGUCUCAAAAAUCCGUAGUCAUGGAAAUAAGCAUUGACAUCACCCCAGUAAAUGAGCAUGCGCCGGUAUUUAGCUCUGCGGAGUAUUCCGCUAACAUCGCUGAAGAUGUAUCCGUGGGAACUUCAAUUCUAAGAGUGUCAGCUGUCGAUCAAGAUGAUGGACCGCAAGGUACUCUGAAUGAGCAAAAAGCUUUUCACGGAAGUAAUUCUAAAUGGCCAGCCUUAAGUUCCAGUUAUUUUGGCUUGCUUUUUUAUAUAAAGUAAUUUCUGGAAACUAGAUACUCAUUAAAUACCAUCAAAAUAUAUCCCAGGGAAGAAACAAAGCCUAUCACUAAGUAAUAGUGUAUUGUCAAGGCUCUCGGUUUGUGGACUUUAUUACUUUAUACCGCAUCAGCGAAGAAGAGCACCAUUUAACGCACACGUAUUGCCGUGUGAUUCAAAGAGCGCCUUUGACAAUGAUAUGGCUACUGCAUUUAUAUGGUGACCGUGAUCCGAAAAGAAAUCGCCGUUUAUUUUAGUGUCAAUGUAUUAAACACAAAAAUACUUGUUGAGGACACUUUUCCUACAUCUUCAACUGGAGACGGGACUACUAUUUUAUCCAAACUACGUGAAGGUCUAGUCGUUUGAAGGGCACUUCAUUUCUCAUUCUCAGUUAUAAACUCGGCCGAUCAUACCCGCGAUCUCCCGUUCUGCGAUUACGUGCUCUACUGACUGAGCUGGUCCUGCAACGGUUUAUGUGCUUAAGUAUGCUUCAAAUUAUGAUUAGAGGUAAAAGUUUGUCAGUACCCUCUGACAAGCUUGAUAGUCCAUCUUUUGCCAGGGCUUCUACAAGCUCAACACUUUUUAUCUUUCUUUAUUUAUAAAUAAAUUUGAUUUAAACGCAGGUGAGGUUAGUUACACUUUGACGCCUUCAUCAGCUCCUUUCUAUAUCGACACAAGCAGUGGAGUGAUCCGCGUUAAAACAAGUUUGGACAGAGAAUCUGUUGAUAACUACACUUUGACUGUUACUGUCAGUGACCGGGAUCCUAAUAUCGCUGAUGUGAAAUCUUCAUCUGUGAAUGUGACCAUCUCUUUGAAUGAUAUUAAUGAUAACGAUCCUGUGUUUUAUCCGGAUCACUACAAGGUAACAAUUUAAGCAGGAUAUCAAAUAGACGUAAAGUGAACAGUGCAUCUAUGCUCAAGUUAACUUUUAUAACCAGAACUGAAUGAGUACUAAGUAAUGUGCAAAUACUGGUAAAUAUAGGCGCAGCAUGGGUGCUGCAUUGCUACUCUCUUACUCAUAUUAGGAGGCAAUUUAUUAUAAAAGCGCAGCCCUUCUGACUCUUUUUUAUGAGAAAAUACAGGUUAAUAUAGGCGCAGCAUGGGAGCUGCGUGGCUACUCUCUACUGAUAUUAGGAGGCAAUUUAUUUUAAAACCACAGCCCCUCUGACUCUUCUGUAUGAGAAAAUACAGGUUAAUAUAGUCGCAGCAUGGGUGCUGCAUUGCUACUCUCUUACUGAUAUUAGUAGGCAAUUUAUCAUAAAACUCCAGCCCUUUUGACUCUUCUCCUAAUGUGUGAAAAAAAAAAAAAUGUUUUUCCACGAUUGCAUUGCAGCUUGAAUUCUAUGAGAAUACAACAGCUGGUUCCAGUGUUACUCAACUUCAAUGCACUGACCAGGACCUGGGUACGAAUUCAGCUCUUGUGUACAGUAUCACCGAUGGCGACCCUGAUAGCUUUUUCGCUAUAUCAUCUAGCACUGGUCAAAUCACCACUGCCAAGCAGCUAGAUUAUGAAGACACCCAAUCAUAUUCUUUAACAGUAGAAGCACGUGACAGCAGCUCGCCAAUGAGCUCACAGCUCUCUUCUCUCUCCCACGUUGACGUCAUCGUGGCACCACUUAAUGAGCAUGCGCCAGUAUUUAGUAAAUCUUUCUACAACGUGACCAUAUCAGAAAAUACCCCUGUCGGGACGACGGUGCUGACAAUCAUCGCAACUGACAGCGACUCUGGAUCACAAGGCGAGGUCACGUUUUCCUUAUCGAGCAACUCAGCGUUCUACAUCGACGCGCUCAGCGGUUCUAUCACAGUGAAGCAGGCGUUAGAUUAUGAGUCUGUUACAUCAUAUCUACUUACCGUGACAGCCAUCGACGGAGAUCCAGCCUCUCCAAAAUCUGCAACUGUUAACGUGACUGUGACACUGCGUGACGAGAAUGAUAACGCGCCGACAUUCACUCCGACUGUGUAUAGCGUGACAAUCGCAGAGGAUACGGCGGUGUCUACUAACAUACUGAAUUUAACAUGUGCAGAUGCCGAUUCUGGAACCAGUGGUCAAUUACUCAUGGCAAUAACAUCUGGUAAGAAACGUAUUGAUUCAUUUUAGAAGAUCCUUACCUUACCUUAGACUCUAAACCCUUUAUUUGUGACGUACCAGACCUCAAUAAGGAUUACUACUCAUUUUAUCUGGUUUAUCGAGUUUCUGUCACUGUCACGCAAUGUCCCCGUAAGUCAUGGGGUGAAAACCAUGAAAACCAGUAACAGGUAACACAACACUAUUUACUGUCAAAACGUCAGUCACUGUCAACAAUAACCGUUAUUCAGGACUAAACUCACCCGCACGAUCAUGCUCUACCUAAUUAUGAUAGGUUUUUUUCUUAACUGCAAUCAGCGCAAUCAUCAUUUACCGAUCAUUUACAUUACCAGCACCAUGAUCAUUAUCAGCAUUUAUACCAUCCAGCGUUUUCGUUACCAUUGUGGAACUGCACACAUUUUAGACAUCUGCCUCCUCCUUAGGCACUUCGUUUUUCGCAUAGAGGCGAGCGCGAAACGCGAGUGACACGCGAGUGACUGGUGACGAAGCGCAAGGGACGUGGGAAGGAGAAAUUCCUUUGCGCGAAUUUUCGUCGAGAGAGAGACAUCAGGGUACGAGGCAGCAGUUCUAGGCUGCAUCCUACUUAUGAAUGGUUCGACACUUAAAUAUUUUCAGGAGUAAUAGUCGUUUGUGUUCUGUCCCCUUUCAGUCCAUAUCACUAUCACUGCAUGCUAUCCUCAUUAUCACCAUCAUCGUCUACAGCAGCAGCCGCACUACCACGUUCAUUGUUAGCAACAUCGUUGUCGCCAUUACCAUCAUUAAAAGCCAGGGGCACCCAGUGACCGAAUGUUUCCAUGUACGUGAAAUUGUUAGGUGCCAUUGAAUAGCUAUAUCACUGAGAUAAGCACUGUCAUGCGCUAGCCAUCAUCUCUAGUCGGGAAUACAAACUGACUAUUCGAUUUGUCCUUUUCUGGAAGAUACCCUCUCAUCUCCUAAGUUAACCGACUCAAUGCGGGAAACGUGCGAGGGUCAAUUAACAUAUUCCGAAUGUUUCAAGGUUCUGUCUACCUUUAGUAACGAUAAAACUCCUGGAAACGAUGGGCUCAAUAUAGAAUUUUACAAGUUCUUCUGGUCAGAAAUCGGAACAUUUCUAGUGGACUCAUUAAAUUAUGCGUAUUUUCAUGGUGAAUUAUCACAUUCGCAAAAGCAAGCCGUAAUAACUUUAAUUGAGAAAAAGGACAAAGAUAGGAGAUGGAUAAAAAACUGGAGACCGAUUGCUCUGGUAAAUGUUGAUGUUAAAAUUGGCUCAAAAGCUAUCGCUAAAAGGCUAGAAAAUGUCCUACCACAUAUUAUCCAUUAUGACCAGAAUGCCUUUGUAAAAGGACGAACAAUUUUUGAUGCAACUCUUACGAUAACCGAUGUGUUGGAAUUUACUAAAAUGCGAGACUACCAAGGUAUAAUGACUGCAACUGAUUUUGAGAAAGCCUUCGAUUCUCUAAAUUGGAACUUCCUCCACAAAUCGCUAGAGUUCUUUGGCUUUGGAGAAUCCUUCUUGGGGUGGAUCAAGACGUUUUAUAAUAAUAUAUCAAGUUGUGUUUUCAAUAAUGGUUUUUCCACCCCCUCUUUCAAUGUUAAACGGGGUAUUCGCCAGGGCGACCCACUCUUGCCAUCUCUUUUCAUAAUAGUACUUGAAUUAUUGGCAUUAUCCAUACGUAAUAACGAUCAAAUUAAGGGUAUUGAGGUGGAUGGUUCCGAAAUCAAAUUAGUUAUAUUCGCUGAUGAUAUGACAUCAUUUGUUAGGGACAAAUUUUCGCAUCGCACCCUUUUUGAUACUAUCGAUCUGUUUAGUACAUACUCCGGAUUGAAGGUCAAUCACGACAAAACGGAAAUUCUUCUACUAGGAAAUAUGGAAGUAAACAGCUCAGAACUAGGUGUUAAUGAAAUAAGUAAGGCCAUAAAGAUCCUAGGGGUUCAUUUCACCUUUAAUCACGCACUGUUUUAUAAGCUUAACUUUGAAUCAAUCGAGAAAUCUCUGAGGGGAUUGCUGAAGGGCUGGAGCUGGAGAGGUCUUACACUACUUGGAAAAAUUCAAGUGAUCAAGUCUUUCGCCAUACCAAAGAUUUUAUACAGGGUUGUUCUCAUUUCAAAUAAAGAAGAGUUUAUCGAAAAAUAAAUACUUUGCUAUAUUCCUUUGUUUGGAAGGGAAAAGAUAAAGUAAAGCGCAGAGCUUUUAUUAACCCUAUUGAUAAAGGAGGCUUGAAAAUGCCUAACAUUGAGUCAAUGAUCUCUGCCCAAAGAAUAAUUUGUAUUAAGAGAUAUCUCUCCAUUGAUCCCGCUGGCUGGAAGUUUUUUCUGGAUUUUUAUCUUAAGCAAGUAGGGGGAAAAUUCUUGUUUCAUUGCAAUUUUAACUACACUAAACUACCGGUAACUCUUCCAGAAUUUUACAAAGAAUGCAUUGUGGCGUGGACCCUUUUAAAUGAAGACAACCCCUCCUCAUCCUCUGAAAUAGCAAAUCAGGUCAUAUGGAACAACCAGUUCAUUUGCAUUGAAUCAAAGUCAGUCUAUAACAGUAGGCUGAUUGAUCUUGGAAUUGUAAAAAUUGGAGACCUCUACGACAAGUGGGGAGAUUUCAAGUCGAACAAGGAACCAUUAUAUUCAACUCUCUCACCAGUUGAACAUUUUCUACUUUUCAGUCUCUUCAAUGCUUUUCCUGAAGAAUGGCGCAAAAUAUUAAAAACAAAUAAAAACUCUAUCUCUUCAAAAACUCAUGAUCUAAUCCAAACUGAUUUCAAGUUACGUAUUGAAGGGAAAAAAGUCAAUUUCCAAAAUCUUAAAUCAAAGUCAUUAUAUGACAGUUUUGUUUCUAAGAUAUCCAGUAUACCAACAGCGCAAAAGAAAUAUAACGAAGCUUUCAGCACACACACAUUUCAGUUGGACUGGGAAAAGAUAUAUCUACUGCCCUUCAAAACAACAUUGGAUACUAAAUUAAGAGAAUUCCAAUAUAAAAUAUUAAACAGGAUCUUAUACACGAACAAGAUGUUGUUUAAGUUCAAAAAAGUAGAUUCUCCCUUGUGCGAUUUUUGUGAAAAGGAGUUGGAGACCAUAGAACAUCUCUUUUUCCAUUGUACAAAAGUAAGCAUGUUUUGGAAUGAUUUAAAGUCUGUACUUGAUUAUUUUAAUAUAACUAUUAGGUUUGAUAUCAUGAAUGUCCUUUUUGGGAUCUUAGAUACAGAUAAUAUAAGCAUUCUAGUCAAUUACAUCAUUCUUGAAAGCAAAUAUUUUAUUUACCGCUGUAAGUUAAAUAAGGGCUGUUUAUGUGUAAGACUGUUAGUCGAUAAAUUUAAAAAAACGUUUCAAACCGAACGUUUUAUCGCGAAAAGAAACAACAAAAUCCAUUUCCAUGAUAAAAAAUGGAAGCCGUUACUCCCAUUAAUACAACAGUAGCUGUUAUCCAAACUUCGUUUUUCUAAUACUCCCUGUAUUACUCUGUAUUUUAAGUUCAAGUCGAAUAAGUUAUGUAAGCCUUGUAGUGUAGUGCAGUGUAGCUUUUUAUUUAUUUAUUCUAUUUUCUUUUUUUUUGUAAUUAAGGUAGUUGUUGUAAAUUUUGUAAUGUUUGUAUGUUUCGAUCUGUAUGUUGUUUGUACUAUACCUGUAAAAAGAAAAUAAAUAAAUAAAAUACAAAAAAAAACCAAAAAAAAAAAAAAAAAUCUCUAUCAUCAUCGUAUCUCACCAUCAUCAACAUUAUCAGGAGCCGGGUAAUCGACUCCUGUCAUUAUCAUUUUCAACAGCUCUAGCACAAACCUCACUAUCGUUACUCUAUUACCAUCAUUAUUGAGAAUCAUAAAAUUAUCGCAUUUUUGUACGCAAGGUAACACUGGCACAGGAUUCUCCAUCACAGACGAAGGUUUUCUAAACGUUGCAUCAACACUUGAUGCAGAAACGACGUCGUUUUAUUCCCUGGAGAUCACGGCGACAGACAGACACUCUACCCAGCCGCUCUCUGGCUUGGCUAAAGUUUCCAUUACCAUAACAGGUAUGGAUAUGUUACUUGAGCUUCAAGUGUGAAGUGCAAUAUAGAACAGGUUCUAGCAGCAAUGGAAUAACUUCACUGAGAAGCAGAUUCCUUUUGUCUCAGGUUGUAGAGCUGUAUUUCAAGUUUAGUACAUUUCUUAAGUUAAUGCGUAAGUUUUUUUUGAAGGUUCCUGUAAACAGAGCAAUUUUCUUGUUCCCGUCUACGGAGAGUUUUUGAACGUAAUAUUAUGCCACCCAACUAGAAUUAAUUAUUAUGACUAGAGUGAGCAGCAUUGGAUGACGCGACUAUUCUUUUUGUUCCCUUUCUUAGAUGUAAAUGAGCACACUCCACAGUUCACAAAUGGCGGGUCUUACACGGCUCUAGCGAGCGAGAACGCUACAGUCGGAACAUUAGUGUCUAGUGUGAACGCGACUGACCUCGACAGUGGCUCAGUUUACGGCUUGGUUACCUACUCAAUCACAUCCGGAAACUCUGGUGACAUGUUUACCAUUAGACCCACUGAUGGCAAGGUUUUUGUGAAGCGUACGCUGGACAGAGAAUCAGCAGACUCUUACAGUCUUGUUAUUAAAGCUUCUGAUCAAGACCCAGAUUCUCCUUUGUCGUCUACCGCCUCGCUUGUUAUAACAAUCACCGAUGUCAAUGACAACACUCCAAGUUGCAACCCUUGUAUUUAUAGUGCGUCAAUCAAUGAGUCGAUUGCCAUAGGAACCACGAUUGCGCAGUUGAAUUGUUCAGAUACCGACCUGUCACCCAAUACAAUUACCUCAUAUGCUAUCACUACAGGUUAGAUAAAGUCACUUACAUUCCAAAUAUAAAUUUGCCUGCAACAGCGCUUUGAAGAACGUAAAAUUUAUAAAAAAGGUAGUAUGUCACCAAUUACUCUAAAUGAUUGAUUUUAUGUAAUCACUCCUUUAAUUCACUUUUACUAGGAAAUCUGUAAAUUAAAUAUGCAAAACUGCUUUCAUGAGCUGCCGUCUAGUUUCUCAGGAUUACUGAGUGUUUUGAAGGGAAUCUAACUUUUAAAUGUAUUGAUUCCAAAAGUGUAAAAAGAAAAAAAAGAUAGGACAGUAUUUUCGUAAGAAACCCGUUUGCUUAUCUACGACGGCCAUAAAUGCAGAAAAGGACCAAUUUCUCGAGAUGAAAAUAAUCACAUCAGGUCCGCUGUAACAACUCCUUUUUUGCUUUAGGUAACACAACACUAUUUACUGUAGACGGAAGUGGCCUGGUAACCACCCAAUCCACUUUUGAUUUUGAGUCUGUGAAGUCAUAUCUACUUGUGAUAACAGUCGCAGACGGAGGCUCGCCCCAGUUUACUACUUAUGCGACAGUUACUGUGCAGAUCACUGGCACAAACGAGUACGCUCCUGUGUUUAGUAAUUCUACUCACACAGUCAGCCAUUCAGAGGUGAGAUAUCCGUUGUUUUUGCCAGCUUUAUUGGACACGAACCUACCCAGAGGGGAUGGGUGAAAAGGGGACUCAUACGACCCAUUCGAGGUACCCCCCAUCCCUACCCAAUUCCACAAACCAUGAAAGAUAGAAACUUGGGAGUGUUCAAUGCCAGAGAUAGUUACGUCCCUAAUAGUGGUUCUCUAAUGACAAGGGUAGCGUGGAACCUGUUGAAGGAGGAGCCUUUGUUUUGACAUCCACACCCCAAGACGUAAGUGGAAUAAACGAGGCGAAGCCAUAGUUUCUAAAACAGCGAAUGGCUUGGCCUUUCAAACGGACCAUAGCUUUAUUUUAGUCAUUAACAUUCGCAAAAUUAUGCCGUGAAAUGACCACACGUGUACGCGACUAAAAUGAAAGAUUAAAGGACAGAUACAAGCUCGCCAGGCUUUAACUUCCCCGAACGCGCAAGGCACUGCACAUGGAUUGUAAGCUAAAAAGCCAUUAUUUUUGACGUCACCUACUUUGUGACCAUCCUAUUAGUUAAUUUAACUUCUGGUCAAACAAACAAUCUUGACGAUUACAGGAAACUUUUUAAAGUCAUAAGUUUAUGACUCUAUCCUUUUUGCAUAGGCAUUUUUUUACACUGCUAAUCUGUGUUUUUAACAGGACAUUUCUGUUGGCACUGCGAUUGCAACAGUGGUAGCAACAGACGACGAUCACGGAUCCGACGGCACUAUUAUAUACACAAUAAUUGAUGGCAACUCGGAAGAACGAUUCCAAAUCGACCCAAAGUCGGGUGUUAUUGUACUAAGAAAGCUGCUUGAUCGCGAAACAACAGCCAUGUAUUCUCUGACAGUUCAAGCCACAGAUCAGGGCUCCCCCAGUAUGUCGAGUACAGCGACGGUAAAUCUUACCAUACUUGACGUCAAUGAUAACGCACCGCUUUGUAGCCAAGCUUCUUACGUCAUCGAAGUGGCUGAGAACUUUACAGUUAAUGGUACAAUUGUGAGUCUACUAUGUAGUGACGCCGAUCAGGGACAGAAUGAGGUCAUAGCGUACAGCAUAAGCUCAGGAAACACGAACUCCAGCUUUGCAGUAGAUUCUUCUACAGGGGAAGUAACUUUGGCAAGUACUCUCAAUAGAGAGGCACAGGCUUACUAUGAUUUAAUCAUUACCAUUUCUGAUAACGGUUCUCCGCAGCUCUCUUCUGAAGUAACAAUCUAUAUCAUUGUCACGGCCAUCAACGAAUACACACCGACAUUUACUCAAAAUGGCUUCUACAAUGCCUCUGUUACUGAGGACACCCCUGUUGGGACCACAUUGUUAACGGUGCAAGCUCAAGAUGGUGACAGCGGAGUUCAAGGUCUUGUAACCUACUCCAUAUCGAGCGGUAAUGUGGAUAACGCAUUCCUUCUCGACAGUAAUGCUGGAACUUUGACCCUUAGAAGGUCUUUAGAUCAUGAGGCUCUUUCUCAGUAUAGCCUAUCCGUGCUCGCAAGUGACAACGCCCCCGCGCCCCUGACAAAAUGGAGCCUUGCGACUGUGAACGUUACCGUUUUGGACCUUAACGAUAAUGCACCUUCAUGCUCACCUGUAGCUGAUGUGAUUACUUUGUUGGAGUCUUCAGUUGUAGGAACGUUGGUGUUUUCCGCCAACUGCACGGAUCCAGAUUCUAAUUCGAUUCUCACUUACACUAUAACGCAAGGAAAUGCUCAACGUAAAUUCAACAUUUCAUCUUCCUUGGGCGAGGUGAGACUCAACAUGACCCUUAACAUAGAGGAAGAGUCAUUAUACAACCUACUGCUGACUGCAUCUGACUCUGGCUCACCUGUCAAAAGUUCCAACAUUUCAGUGACCGUUAGUGUACUUCCAGUCAAUGAGCAUGCGCCGACGUUUGUGGCCUCUGACCAACUGUAUCAGAUUGACGUCAUGGAGAACAUUACUUUGGGUCAGUUGAAUCAGGUUUUCUUAAAAAGUUAAAUCUCUUAAUCGGGUUGUUGAAUUAUUAUUCACCCUUUUUUUUCUGGAUCAUUUUUUACUCCGUUUUUCUCGAUUUUUCUUCAUUUGUUAUGUUUCAAGGUACCGUUGUAUUUCAAGCACAAGUUACCGACAAUGACACAGGAAUUCACGGAGACCUGCGAUACAUCCUUGUCAGCGGCAACACUGAGAGCAAGUUUUAUUUGGACGAGGCACUUGGAAGACUGGUACUAGUCUCAAGUCUUGACAGGGAAACCACUGACCAGUAUAACGUUAGUCUCAGGGUGGAGGACAGCGCAGCUGGUUCCCCGGAUGUAAGAUAUUCCAACGUGACCGUGUACAUUUCAGUUGUAGACGUAAAUGACAACCAGCCUGAGUGCUCAUCAAAUUUAAAUUCGGUUGAAAUAUCAGAAGGUGAGGAAUAUUGUCACUGAAAAUUUAAACUCUGGUUCUGCUAGUUUAAAACGUGGAUAAUGUUAUCCACUUGAUGGAUCUCUCUCCUGUGGAUAGCACAAUUGGUUUCUCAAAUACGUAUCCGUUGGAUAGUGAUUUAUAAUAAUAAUAAUAAUAAUAAUAAUAAUAAUAAUAAUAAUAAUAAUAAUAUUUUUAUUAUUCAUUAGCCGCAAAAUAGCAUUCAAAUGUAUGAUCUAAUGCGCACAUUCGGUGGAUUGCCCUUUCCCACAUUUGAAAAACCGUGGCCUGGAAUCAGACCGCCACCCGAAAAGCUCCCGGGUCUGGUUGAGUAGCACUUCGCGGGUUUAAACUCGGACAAACCACCAGCCGGGGUCUUUGAAAACUGCUCACGAUCUUUCUUGCUGUUUCAUUUGAGAAGAUCGUGCCAUUGGAAGGUCGUAUUAAACUUGUGCCUUGAUGUGAGCACUAUCGAACUGUAUGGAAACAACGCAUAUCUUUUCUGGGAACAUCGAUAUAUCCUACAGUCUUACAUUUUGAUUGUAUUGACCUCUUAAUAUGAGUAUUUGAUUGUAUUGAGCUCUUAAAAUGUCAUUCUAUUUUACAGAUCUUGUAGUGGGUACGAAUUUCACUUCAAUCACGUGCAUAGACAAUGACCUGGGACCCAACGGAAAUUUAUCGUUCACUAUUGUCAGCGGAAACACUGGGAACAAGUUCAGAAUGGAAAACAAUAGAGUAAUUGUAAACGGAGAACUGGACCACGAAAGCGGAAGUGAAUAUGGCUUGGAAAUCCACGUGACUGAUCAAGGAGUUCCCAGUCAAGUGACCGUUGUCAUGGUGACGGUUUAUGUAAAAGCUGUAAACGAAUUCACUCCCGUGUUCCAAUAUACCAAUUAUACGGUCAACAUCUCUGAAGCUACAGCUAUUGGUUAGUUGAUAAAUAUUUUUUUGUAACUUGUUCUAUAGAACUCAAUAAGGUUGUUGCAUUGGUAGUGGCUCCAUUAAAAGUGGAUGAAGCUCUCUUAUAGCCUGCACCCUGUGUCAUAAGAAUUCAAACAGUGAGAAAUGCCACCAACUUGAGUAAAACGUCAAAAUAAUCGCUCAAAAAGUUAGAAGAAAGUGUAAAUGACACAGCAAAUACAAAAGAAAACAAGGAUGGAUAAACUUGAAGAAAAUUGAAACGGAUUGCAGUUGGGAGUUUCUGAAAACUUGCUCAACUAGCAGUUUUUCAAAGUUCAUUUUUGUUUUUUGUAAAUAACGAUUGAUAUGAUUUUUUGCAAACAUAUCUUGUUUAACAAGAAGCGGGGGUUUUGUGAUUCACAGUUAUUUUCUCAAGUUUCUUAGGGAAUAAGGACGUGUAGAUGGCAUUGUAUAUUGGAGACAUUAGAAACAAAAUAAACCUGUAAAGUGCUCAUUCAAUUGACAAGAGUUCAAAUUCUAAGUCUCUUUUCAUGUACAGUGGACCUUAAGAGUUCCAGUGAAAUAUAGUUUGAGUCAAAAAAUACCAAGCAGCGAAAAUUGAGGCGGUAGGCGCUCAAGAGAUUCAGCUAAGACGUUGACUCUAUUUCACUCAAACCCACGUUUUUAGGUUCUCUGAUUUUUGACGCAAAUGCAACAGACUCAGACACAGGUCUUCACGGCCAGCUGGAAUAUUUUAUCACUGGCGGACUGGGCGGAGGAAUUGACUUCACGAUUGAUCUUCGGACAGGACAUGUUUAUGUGGGAGCUAAGUUAGACAGAGAAACAAGGGACCUUUACGUGCUGAACCUCACUGUUAAGGACAGGGCGCUGAACGAGGCCCAUCGAAGAUCCACUGCAAUGAAGGUCAGUGAAGUAGAAUGCAAAUCAUGAUUUGUACCGUUACUGAUUUUUCAAUUUGGAAAACGUGAAGGCUAUGAACCGUAAGACACACAUCUAGGCAAUGCUUAAAAAGGGGAUUCAUCCCAUUCUCAAGGAAGCAAGCAUCGAAAACAGUUGAAUUUUAUCUUUGGCUGGAGUUUAUGAACAACAAAAUCCCAUGACGAACGGAAGCAACCUUGAAAAACUGCUUAUAAUUAGGUAUCCUGUGAUGGUGCCUCUUGUUUGGGUUUCCUGUUUUAGUGCACUGUUUCCAUGAGGUUCGCAUUCGUGAACAUGUUUUCAGCUCGAUGAGCAUUUCACUGUUUUCUUAUACUGAGCUCAAACCUCGACUGAUGUAAGGUGAAAAAAAUGCUUCUACUGAAUCUUACAUUAUCAUGAUCACUUAGCGCUCUCACCGACUGAAAGUCUUCAAGAACUCAUCGUAAUUCUUUAAACUUCGGAACGUCCUACAGUGAAUGAUAGUCACAGAGGGUUCAUAGCAAAAUAGCCUGUGGACUCUAUCUAAAAUCUGGAAAACCCCUUGAAUUCUAGAUAUCUUGUAAAACCAUUAAGGUCAUUCCCCUGAAAUGGAACUUAACAUAGAUUUUUUCUCAAAUUUUGUCUAUUAACUAUUCAUCAUACUGGGACUUCAAAAUCAAAAUAAAAAAGGGGGGUGCCGGUAUUCGUUUACGAGCUGCGAGGGCUCAAACAUACCCCCUUUGAGGCAAUUUUCGAAACUUCCGGUUUGCUGCCUUGCACCAUAGACUAUAUCAAUAAUUAGGCCUGAUAACACUCAGAAUACUAUUGAUUGUGCGAAAUAAGGUUAUACACAUUUAGAGUUGGACAAGAGUAACACUUUCAAAAGGCUUUUGGUACGAAAACGCAUACGUCGAGGAAGCACUUCCCUUAAGUUUGUUACCAUGGUUACCAUAAUUUAAAUGAAAAAAUGGGUUUUGGCUUUAUACUUUCCUUUAUAUCUUUUUUUCUGAACAUAGAAAAUUGUCCAUUCUUUUUGUGUAGGCAGCCUAUUGGUUGUAAAGUCAAACAAGCGAAAAAAAGAGGGGGGUGCCGGUAUUCGCUUGGAAGCUAUGCCAUCAUUUUCUGUUCCCAGGUGAGCAGGCCCAUUUCUCUUUCCAGGAAAAAAACAUCGUAAAUUUAACUGUACUUAUUCGUAUAGAUCUAAUUUUUGGUUGGUAAGUGACAGGUUAAAGGGAUGCUUUAUCUGGGCUCCCGAUUGAGGACAAAAUGAUUAAAAAUGGUUGCCAUGGCAACCAAAUUAAAGUUACUUUGGUACAGUAAAAAGAUCAAGCAAUACUGAAUCUGACACUUUAAUAUGACACUUUAAUUAUAAUUUCCGAGAAAUUUUGCCUGUUACAUAAUACUUGCAUGGCUUUCUUAAUGAAAUACCGUAAAAUUUCGAAAAUAAGCCCCUCCAAAUAUAAGCCCCCCAAAAUCGUAAUGCAAAAACCCUCUGUUAAAUCGCCCCUCUGAAUAUAAGCCCCCCGGGGAGCUUGUACUUGGAAUUUGCCCUCAAAUACAAAGCAAAACAAAGCAAAAAUGGUAAAUUUCCUUCCCACCACAAGCUAGCCCAAUCGAUUUUGAAACGCAAAUUUCCCUCCGUACAUAAGCCCCUCCGAAAAUAGGCCCCUCAAAAAGGGCCUUUGAAAAAUACAAGCCCCAGGGCUUAUUUUCGGAAUUUUGGUGACCCGUGCAAGAGACCAGGAGAUACUGCAUGCCGAAUUCGGGUGACUUCCGGAUACCUUUUGUCUGUGUCAACUAAGAAUAUACAUGUUUAUACAGGUAAGUUUAGCUAAGUUUCUCAUCACACACUGUAUAAUUAAUUCAGCAAAAGCAUAGAUAAAUAUCAUAACUUAUCGUUUUCUCGUUUACAUUACCAUAUUAGGGAUUUACAUUUUACUUGUCUGCAAAGCAACUGGAAAUGCUCUCAAGAAUUCUCUUGUUAAUUGUGAUUCUUGCCCUGCCGCUAAAUUUCUCUGUGAGGACCUUGGUGGAAGCUGUCCAGUUCAUCCGACAGUCAUGUGACCUCGGUUCCUUGCCAUUUCUCUUAGCUGCCUCACAUACUGCACGUCUCUUCGUCCUUGUGCUGUAGCCCACCACCUUGCCUGAAGAUAGCCCAAUCAUAGACCCUUCUCCUAGGAAACAAAAAUAGUCUCGUUUUAUUUACUUUAGUCAAAAAGUCAAUACCUCUAUAAAUUAAAUGAAUGACUGAUUGUUGUCGAUUAAUAAUGCUAGUAUUUUAUUUAGCUCAUUCACUGUCUUUGAGGAUGAUUUGAACAAGCACACUGCUUCCAAUAUUCGGUUUUAAUAAUAAUAUUAUUGUUAAAGGAAAUCAAAUGUUAAAUUGCCUGACUGCUGUUGGAUGGAAAUUUUGUCGUCUAGGGUAAAAAUAAUAAUUGAUUUUAACUUCUAGAGCAGCUAUUUCAUUAUCUUGUUAUUAUUGUUAUUAUAGCAAAAGAAAAAAUCGUUGUGAAUUUGUUAAAUAUUGUAUUUUAAAAUGGAUAAACAGACAUUUGUUACUGAUAUGGAUGCCAUGCAAGCAAAGCAAAAAUGCCUCCAUUAUUUCAUAGCUUUAUGCAUAUUAUAGGACUAACCUGUCAAACUAUUGUGGCCCUUUCCCCUCUUCUUUGUACUCAUGUCGUACGAUACCCCGAUUUUUACAACUUGCUCUGUGUCCACGGUCCUCCGACAAUCUUUCUCCAACUGUAACCCUUCUAAACAUGAAUUCCUUGCAACAGUCUCAAUCGCUGCGCCAACUUCUCUUUCUCUGGCCUUCAGAGUGUUUUGUCCCACGGCUGGAAGGUUUAUCGACGUGAGCAGUGCGUUUACAUACCGGCGUGUAACAUUCCUGCACAUAAACACAGUACAUGUACGUUUAAAAGUUAGUUAUUACACGGUAAUAUGAUUGUUAAAUUAUGAUGAAGCUCGGAAAAAUGUUCGGAUAAAAGCUGCUAAUCAAAUAAAUAUACCUACCUGUGGCAAGUUUGGUGUUUUUAUGAAAAAUUGGUCGGCCGCGACCAGCACCGGCGGCACGAUGCGAUGUUUGUGGUUCACACAUUUACCUCUCCACAUUCCGGAUCGCUGCACCUAAUAUACAAAAAACUACCCAACCCAGAGAUAGUCUCAUCAUGGCAGUUUGAUAGCUGAAGUGCUUUUCCACACGCUCUGCAACCACUAUCCAGGGCUCUGGCCAGCACGUCUAACUCGAUUACUCGUCUGCCUCGAAAAUUGCAGCUGCCGUCUUCGAUGCAUUUCUUUUUUGUGCUGACGCCUCCAUCACCUUCCACAUUACAACACUUCUUUGUCCAAAUAUUUUUUAACUUCUCUCGUCUUCCCUUUUCAUUUGAACUUAGAAAAAAACCUUUUUAUCUCUCGACUUGGUGCCGACGCGACGCCGACGGUAGCCAUCUUGAAAGAUUGCGUGACUAAAAAUGCAAUCCUAUGCGCAGUACAGAUGCGCAAUGCAAUUCAGGGGAAUGACCUUAAAAAGAAGGUACUAAAUGUACGUUGAAAACUGCCUACAAUGCAUUAAAUAUAUCAAUAAAGUUCAAGUUCUUUUACCUGCACAAAACUGGGCUAGGCUAUAAAUUUGCCAAGAUUUGCCGAAAAUAUGUUAAAUAUGUUGAUUGCCUGAAACGUAUUAGAAAACAAUAUUGUGUUGCUAGCAUAUACAAAAUUCGGUUAUACUAAAAAUUUGCUAUCAUCAUCAUCAUCAUCAUCAUCAUCAUCAUCAUCGUCAUCAUCCUCGUCAUCAUUCGUCAUCAUCACCAUUAUUAUUAUUAUUUUGUGUUUUUCUUACAUGCAUUUCAGCUAACCAUUCACAUCUCCGACGAGAACGACAACCCUCCUAUAUUCAGCCAAGAUAUCUACACCAAGACCAUCCCCGAGAAUGUUCCCCUGGGGUAUUCAGUCAUUCAAGUGAACACUUCCGACGCCGAUCUUGGAAUCAACGCAGACCAUACUUUUACCAUUACAGGUAUGAGUCUUUCAGUGUACAUAGUCUUCGAGGAUCCUGAGUUUUUUGUUGAUUUUUUUACUAGCAGUUACAAGAAUUUUUCAAGUGUCAGCAGCAGUCUGCUGUGAUGUAGUUGUCACGCUCUUUAUGUAUCUCCAAGAAAACGGGAUACAACACUAUUUUGGAAAAUGCUCCCAUACAUGUAAUUCCACCAUCUCUCACUCGCACCAAGCUCUCCACAGUUUUUGGCGACGGAAAUAAUCAGGCCACAAGAUAUAUUCGUGACCGCUUCUUCUUGGAUUGACGCCCAUUGCUUGUAGAGCAAGAUGUAAUCCUCCCAUUCAACAAGUUAUAGCUCCCAAUCUGCAGUCCAUUAGCUUACAAAAGCCAGAUGCCAAAGCGCACUAGUGGGUUGUUCUUAUUUUAUGUAUAUUUGUUACACAUAUCGAUCGCCUGGCUAAUUCUGUUGCAGGUGGAGAUGGGGUCAAUAAAUUCAGCAUCGAUGCUUCUUCUGGAGUGGUUUCUGCUCAGCCAGGCUUGGACCGAGAAACCGAAGACACUUACUAUCUAUCAAUUACAGUCACAGAUGGCGGCGUUCCACCGCUGACCGCUGUUUGCGGAGUGCGGGUGUUCAUCUCUGAUGCAAACGACAACAACCCUGUUUUCAGUCCGACCUUAUAUUUGACAAGCAUUUCUGAGAGCAUUUCUCCCGGAAGUGACGUCAUACCGGUACACGCUUAUGACGUGGAUCUUGGCCUGAACGCUGAAAUAGAGUUUUCUAUUAUUGGUGGUGACGCGGAAACACAAUUUCAGGUACGAUGUUCAUUCACAUAUCAGUUAAUGAAAGGUUGAAGGAUGACUUUUACCUAGGACGAACGGCUUGAAUAACUUCCUAGGUAACUUAGUUGGUGCAGUGCCAGUUUGGCAAACAGGAUACCCUGGGUUCAUUUUAAGGCUGGCCAAAAACAAAAGUCUUAAUCUUGUCUGUCUGUACUACUCAGACGAAUAAGAGACCUGUGCGAUACCAUCUAAUCAUCAUCUAAUCGUGCAGUUAUCAAUCCAUUCUUUAAUCUAAUUACAUCCAUCGAUCCCUCUGGGCCCACUGUUCGAAAGAUGAAUGACGCUAGCCACUGGAUAACGCAAUCAGUUUCCCAAAUAUAUAUUCGCUGGAUAGUGAUUUAUCCCGUGGAUAGCACCAUCCAACGAUUGAACAACCGGGCCACGUCCACCUGAUCCCUCUUUCCAUUCAUUCAUCUUUUUUGCAGAUCAGCUCGUCAGGUAUGAUGGUCCACCUUAUCCCUCUUCUCAUUCAAUCAUCUCUUUUGCAGGUCAGCUCGUCAGGUAUGAUCAGCACCAACAAGACGCUAGACCGUGAAGACAUCCCAUUUUAUUCACUUCUGGUCCAGGCGACAGACAAAGGCACCCCUCCCCUGACAGAAACAGUUAAAGUCAACAUCACAAUUAUUGACAUUAAUGACAAUGCACCGCAGUUUAACCAGUCUGCUUUCGUUGUUACAGUGUCGGAGAGUCUCCCUACUGGUUCAAGAUUUCUAAACAUUACCGCAACAGAUGCCGAUAUUGGUAACAAUGCUCUGCUAACGUUUUCUAUCUUGAGUGGCAAUAUUGGAAAUGUGAUGUCGAUAGAUCCAUUAACGGGAGCGCUUUAUAAUGUGGGUAAGUGAUGUGCGGUUUAAUGACUGCAAUAGGUAUGAAGUAUACGCGAUCGCAAUGAAUAUUAACUAGGAUGAAAAACAAAAAGAGCAGCUAGUAUUCUUGCAUUGUAAAGGGGUUAAAGUGCAAGAUAUAUUCUAUAGUUACAGAGAAGACUCUGCAGAGGACUUUGAUUUCGUAUCACAGAAACUGAUGAAAUACUUUGCGUCAAGAAAGCAUUAUUCUUUCAAUUACUGCGGCAGGAUUAGUUCAGUCAGUAGAGCGCCUGAUGAGUGCAGAGCGGGAGGUCGCGGGUUCGAUUCCCAGGGCCGGACCAAUACUCAAGGUCUUAAAAUAACUAAGAAAUGAGGGUACUUUCUUUGCCCUGCGAAGGGCUAGAACUUCGCGUGGCUCGGAUGACUCCGUAAAAUGGUUGUCCCGUCUUCAAAAGGAAACUUAAAAUAGUGACCUCAAUAAGUACUUUCGUGCUCAAUAUUUUGACACCCAUUGAAAAUACUUAUAUUUAUCAUUUCCGCAGUUGUCUUAGGAAAACGAGAAGUCAUACUACCUCAAAACAGUUUUGACUACAAGUUUAUGAAUGUUUGAGUUAAGUGUCAAGUUGUAAUUUCCUAUUACAGGACUUUUUGAUCGCGAAACCACGCCCGAAUACUUUCUGAUGGUGAAGGCUGAAGAUGCUGGAGCGCCCGUUCGAGCCUCGUCAACAAACGUCAACGUCAAAAUUGCAGACACCAACGACAACGUGCCUGAAUUUAGUGACGCGGAUUAUAAUUUUGUCGUCACGGAAAACCUGCCCGGGGGGACGUCGGUUGGUAGAGUUCAGGCCACGGACAAUGACAAUGGCACAAACGCGGAACUGGUGUAUUCAAUCAUGUCUGGCGAGAACAACAAUAAUUUCUUUAUACAUCCACUUCAAGGGAUCUUGUACACGGCUGUGAUGUUAGACAGGGAAUCUGUGAAGGAUUACAGGAUCAAAGUUAAGGUUUCAGACUCUGCUGCCUUUCCGUUGGAUCUUUCGAAUAUCACAACUGUUUAUGUAACAGUUUUGGAUCAGAACGACAAUAGUCCCAGGUUUGUGAUAAACUGAAUAGGCUGUCUUUUAAGGUUCGGUAAAUCAAGCAAAUUGCAACUUGUUUUGCAACAUUGCUGCAAACGAGUUGAAAGGCGAUGUUCUGUGUUUUACCACCAACUUCAAUUCAAACCUGUCUCGCAACAAAUUAGGUCGUUAUAGGUUACAUGCGAAAAAUUGUUGAAGAAAGGGGAAAGUAGUUUUGCUUUUUGUGACAAAAUCUGUGCAUGUUGCACGUUUUACCGACCCAAGGCAAACUUAUUUGAAGUACCUCCCGUGUAUGGCGUGACUCCCGCGUAAUUCUAUCCAAUCAAAAGUCAGUGUCCAGGCAACUUGCAAACUUUGUUGUUACUAGACAGGUUUGAACAUGGGUGGUAAAACACGUGACACCGCUUUUCAACACGUUUUGCAGAAAUGUUGCAAAACACGUUCCAUGCUUUUGUUGCCCGUCUUACAGUAGCUUUAAAGGGGCUGUGUCAGGGCAGUCCAGUUGAUUUUGUUUAAUUUUGCCACUUACUCGCCCUCAAUCGCUAUGUAACUUAAAGGAAGCAAAGAAAUUACAUGUAAAUGACUCACAGACCCAAGACAAACAAAUGUGUCUCCUGAGCAUUAUUUUUGAAAUUGCAAGCAGCAGGGAUCAACUUUGAAAAACCGUUAGGCUGAACAGUUUUCAAAAAUCCUAAUUUCAAUCCGUUUCAGUCCUCUUUAGUUUUGCCCAUCCGUGACAUCUGUUGUUUCUGUUAUAUUAUUUUAACCGUCCUUUAAAGUUUUAAGCGGUUAUUUUUAUGUUCCUCUUAAUUUAACGGGCAUUUUGUAAUUUCCUAAUUGGCUGAAUUUCGUGACACAGCUCCUUUAAGAUACUCAAUUCCACAUUUUGUUUUUCAUUUAACUAUCCUAAGACGGACCUUUCUCUUUCUCACGUAGGUUUGCCCUUCCAUUUUACAACGCUUCCGUUCGGGAAAAGACCGUAUCCGGGACUUCUGUUACCACGGUAACCGCUGACGACCCGGAUCGAGAUGCGAAUGCGGAGUUGACGUACAGCAUUACCCAUAGUACCUCGAUAGAGUACUUUGACAUCAACAGUGUUACAGGAGAAGUGUCUGUAAAGAGUGUGUUUGAUUAUGAGGAGGUUAAAAUUGUUAAUGUCACCAUAACGGCACAGGACAACGGCAUUCCCAGGCUGAGUGGAUCGGUGACGCUGGUUUUGUUUAUCGAAGAUGUAAACGACAAUACUCCGGUUUUUGAAAGAAGUUAGUUUUAUCGCUUUAGUACCAAGCAUAGUUAUAAUCUUCAUCAAAUUCAAACAAUCAUUCUCGUAGACCAUAAUUAUAAUCAUUCUCAUUUAUUAUUUAAUAAUUGUUAUAACGUCUUAUAACCGUAGCUUAGGUCCAAAUCAUGUUUGGAAAGUUCAGUCGAUUUUUUCUUCCAAGUCGCUUGUAUCACUGAAUUAAAAAAAAGUCUUCUCCUUUACAAUAUCAUGGUCAGUCAAAAAUAUAGUCAGUUUACCAUGGCAAUCACCGUAAAUGACCUUAUGAAUGCCCGGGGCGUGUAAUUAAUUUUAGGCGUCCAAGCGGGGGCGUUUAAUAGAUAGGAGGCGUUUAUUCUCAUAACUGUAACGAGCUCAACAAAACUAGUAUGCUCUCAGCGAAAAUGUCAAGAGAGUUUAGAAAUAGUGGAAUAUUCAAUCCAUCAAUAGAUACGUCUAGAACGUCUAGAUAUCCAUAUCGCUCUUUCAGAUCCUAACAUCGAUGUCAGAAUUUUGAAAAAGAUGAAAUACGCAAGGCCUCGUUAAUCAAGAAAGAAACUGAAUUAAUCGAGUGAUUUUGGUCCUUUUGCUAAUUCCUAGUAUUUUGGAGUAGUUCUCAUAGGGGGCGUCUAUUAGACGGGGGGCGUUCAUUAGAGAAAAGCGUCUAAUACAAUUUUAAGAGCGUAGAAGGGGCGUGUAUUAAAUAAGAGACGUUUAUUUGGAAGUGGGCGUUUAUUAGGUCAUUUACGGUAUCAAUAAAGAACUGGAAAAAAAGAAACCUUUUAGUUGCAAAGUUUGAGAGUCGUGUAGAGAACAAAAACGUCAUCAAUCCGGCCAAAUGUUUUGCCUUACGGUUUUAUUUUUUCAGACUUCUACGAAGCCAGCAUUCGCCAUGAUCGCUCUUUGGACUCCCCGCCGUUCAUCACAGUAAAAGCAACAGACGUGGACUCAGGUGAUAAUGGAAAAGUGGAUUAUGAGCUUCAGGAUUCAUCUGAUUUUUUUACCGUGGGUAGUACUGAUGGUGGAAUUCGCCUCAAAGCCGCUCCACCCAGUGGUAGGUUCUUCUCUCUCCUCUUACAAAGUAUGUCGAAGACUUCCGAACAUUGCCGAAGUUCUUCUCAUCUGUCGAAUACACUCAGUAUAGUUCAUUGUUUUCUUUACGUACCUUGAGUUACUUUACAAUUUAUUCAUCCCGUGGUGUCAUCGAAAACGGAAGUUGACGCCCAGUAUUUCGAACACUUUCGAUGUUUCCCGAAGUUGCAUUUCGACAGCAGCUUCCGAACUUUACCGAUUACUAAAAACGACAGGAAUUCUGAGUAAGUGUAGAGUAAAUGUUUGUUGAAUUCUUAUAGUGGACCUCCCAAUUAUCUCUUCUCUUGUACAAAAUGUUCACCUCUCUUUUUACACUUUUAAAAUUUCUACAUGGUGUUCUAAAGGCCUCUCCGAUCUAACUUAAGAGAGGACUUCGUUAAACAGGGCACCUUCCCCCCUCCCUCACCUUCCCCCUCACCUUUGUCACCCUACCUCCUGGAAAACAAUUUAUACUUUUUCUUUUUGCCUGAUUAAUUCUCUAUUCAGAGAUCCAACUGUGUCUUGUACAUACAUACAUACAUGACUUUAUUUUACCUCGAAUUUACAGAGUAGCUCAAAAGCUAUUCAAAAAAAAAGUAAUAAAAUAACAUUACUAUUACAUAAUGAUAAAAUAACAUAACUAUGUACUAGAGCGCUAGAGAAUUGUUUUUCAUUUAUCUUUUUGUUCAAUUUGCUUGUGUUGUCCUUGGAACAGGAAAAACGUACGAGCUAGGCGUGCUCGCUAUAGACAAAGGUUCACCACCGCUGACCAGUACCGUGGCUUCCGUACGUAUUGAUACCAUUGAAGCGGACGAGGUGAUGGUUGAAAUAGAGCUAGAAAUUUCCCUGGAAGAGUUCGAAGCGAAACGUGAGCAGUUUGAGGAGGAGCUUUCAAAAUACUUAGGUGCUGAUGUUAGUAUAGCAGAUUACACGGUCCUGGGGGAGGCAGCGGCGCGGAGGAGGAAGAGAGAGACUAAAAAACGGUAAGAAAGGUAACUAAUGGAGAGGAGAAGUGUGACGUCACGUUACCAUGGUAGUACUAUUUCUGGAUGACAACAAAACCAACGACGACGGCGACGGAAUGGAGAACGGCAAAAAUAAUAUGAUUCUAUUAACAAACAUUAACUUUGCACGUGUAUCACGCUAUUUUGUACAUUUCUUUGGCGUCGUUGCACCACUGUGACAUUAAACUUCCUAAUUUCACGAGCCCGCUUUAUGGAGCGGGUGAACACAACAAAAAAAUUGUCGAUUUCUUUUUCUAAACUUAGAUGACCAUAGAUAUGGUCCAAAAGAAAAUUAUGCCAAGAUUUGCCAAAUUGAAUGAAAUUGAAUGAGGUCGGCGAAGUUUGAAAUAGUGCCAAUAAACUUUUACCAAGGAGCCUAAAAGUGUGACCUCCUUGAAUUAGUUCACAUUCUUUCAUGCAGACAUUAACCAAUCAGAAGUGGAGGACAGUUUCUAGCUGGCUUCUGAUUGGAAUAAAUCUGCACGAAGUGAAUAAAAUAAUUAUAAAUGCGUUCACGCUUUUGGGCUCCUUGCUGUAAGUGACUUUUUCGGUUUGUUGUCAUCCAAAACUUUUGCUACCAUGGCAAUGUGACGUGACGACUUCUCCUCUCUAUUAAUAAGAAAAUAUGUUUGAAUUUUUUUGUUGAGGCCCAGUGGAGGGAAACCCUCUUGUUCUUGUCAACCAACAUAACCGCUGUAGCAUUUUCUGCAAAAUCAGCCAUAGUAAUCCAAGACAGUCGUGGAUCCGUGGAUUACAAAUUCCUUGUCUGUGGAACUUGGAUUCCGGAAUUCCUAGGGCUGAAUUCCAGAUUCCAAUGCCAGAUUCUGGGUUCCACGGGAGAAAAAGUUCUCGGAUUUUGGAAUUCAGAAUUACUUUCCAUAGGUUGGUGGAAUUAUUUAGGAGGUAUCAUUAGGGUAUUAUUUUUUCUCUGAGGUUUUGAUAGUAUUUGUUUGGUGAUUGAAUAAAACUAUUUUAUAGGACAAACAACCGACUUCCUCGCUAAUGAUAAUUAUAUUCUUUUCAGCAUUGUGGUCACCAUUUAUGCGGUAAAAAAUCCAUCUGGUAACAACACAGAUUUAAACGAAAAGUUGUCUAGAGCAAAAGAGUAUCUGACAAAAGACGAGAUAUUAGACGCUCUCUUAGACGAUGACGGAAAUCUUAGUCCGAACUUGACAAAUAACAAAGAGUUGGAGGUAGGAUGUAAUGCUUAGCGCGGGUUUUGUUUACGCGUAAAAUCAAAAGCGCGGUCAACGCAGAAUGAUCAACUGAAGAUCGAAGCCAAUACAUGUCAUGUACGCCAGGCGCGAGAAAACUGGUGAAAGCAUGUCACGAUUUGUUUUAUUUUUGUUCCAAAUGGCCAAAAAUGCCCGCACUGUCUAGAUUUGUCAGCCAAUUAGAAAGGUACCAAUCAUCUCAGCCAUGAAUCAAACUAGGCUUUUGUACAUUAUGCUUUUGUUUUCCCACUAAAACACUCCACCGUAAAUGCUCCAUGCAGUACAACAACAUAACGUAUAGAGGUUAACGUUAUUAUUGAGUUAAUGUUUUAGGUGACAUUUGAGUUUUGUUUUGAUUUACGAGAUUUCGUGUUUAAUUUCUCUCUUUUUUUAAAUUUUCUUUUUUUCUAAAAAAAUAUAUUAUUUUCUGAAAAAAAUUCACUAAAAUGCUCCGAAUAAUGCUUGAUCCUUUUUGUCUCACUAAAAUGCUCAAAACAACGCGAGUAUAAUGUACAAAAGCCUAACUCAAAAACUUUUCGUAUAGGGUGUUUUCACUCACCCGGCCAGCAGCUACUGGGCAUGUAUAUUGGAACAAUAGAAAGUUUUUUUCGUUUUUUUUUUACAUAAAAAGCUCAACUCCUGCAGGAUUGGCUCGGGACACCAAGAUGGCAAAUAUAUAGUCAUGUAAAAAAUGGUCUAUAACCAAAUGGCUUUUCACGUUUUUUUUGUUGUUGUUCUGUUUUUAGGUAUUUAAUAUUCGCUCAGCCAAGCCAGCUGUGCCUGAGAUUCCCACCACCCCCCCACCCACUCCAUUUUACAAGACAACUGAGGGAAUAAUUACCAUGGCGUCUGCUUGUGUAGUAGUGCUGUUAGCGGUUGUUACUGUUUUACUAUGGAGAAAACAUGCAAAGAAGAGGUAUGAGAUGAAGACACCUUGACAUUAUACCAUAAACUGCCCGAUAUCAGUGGACGGUAGCUUCCCUACGGGGUUACUGAAGAUUUUAUACGAAUUUAUAAGAAUAUGGCCGUUAUGCUUGUGAUUCUCUUAACUUUAGGCUACUGUUUCCCACGAUUCUCUUCGUUUUUCGGCAUUUUGAAUAACCAUAGACUGGUGUAAAAACAUUUUUAAGGAAGUUGCUCUUCUUGAAAGAGAAAAUUAGCUAUCUUAGCUAGAAAUACCAAUCUUCAAGCAAGUAUCAGGAAAAGACAAAAUGCAAAACAUUACCAAUCACCCCCAAAAAACGUAGCUGAUGUUUUCAUUGAGUAGAGCUAGAGGUAUAAUUACGUCUUAGUUUGUUUUAUACAUCUAUAUAUUUUUUUAACUUUGUUAUUUAUAACUGUGAAAGGUUUGAACCCAGGAGUCAUUGCAAAAGUAGGUUGAUCAAACUCAACCCGAACGAUCAAACUCAACCUACUUUUGUUAUUUAUGUUAUCGCUAUCGCUCGAUCAAUACAUCAAGGCCUCGGACUGAGAUUACCCUGUAAUGAUCUCACUUACGGUUAAUAAGUAGCAUGUAUUAAUACUACGCGCGGCUGCCAAACAUUUUGAUAUUUUUGCCCGGCGUUUUCUUGCAGAGUUCGCAUGUUAGAAUCUCGCGAGCCUCAUCUGAGACCAAACAGAGGCUUGGUGAAUGGAGAGAAGGGUUUCUACAAAGGUUUGUCUUACUCGUGGGUUUAUCGAUAAUUUCAAAGUAUAAGCUCUUAACUCUAUUUUUUCCUUUUUCUCCCAAGGAAAAAUCAAACAACAUAAGAUGAUAUCACCUAUAAUGAUCGACAAUCAAAUUGUAAGUAGUUUUCUGUUGUAGCCCCUUUGGGGGAGGGGAGGGGAGGGUGAGUAAGAAAACGAUAAUUCAAGGGUAUGGAUUUAAUUAUAUAACUGGACAUGCCCUCUCUCAGUCUCUAUAUUAGGGAGCUUGAAUCAUUUUACGUGUCUGGGUAGAUCUGGGUAAGUGACCUCCUACCCCUUCCCCAAACCAACAUCAACUCUUACUUCUCUGCACUGAGGGCAAAAUGUUGAUUUAGGGGAUGGGUAGGUGGUCAGUUACCCAGAAACGUAUAAUGAUCCGGGAGCUUAAGCAACGACGACGUCGCCGUCAACGAGAAUGGCAAAAAAGCAAUUGGUUUAGAUUGGCAAAACAACAACUUUGCACCUGCAUCACGCUUUUUUUUUCUUUGCCGUCACUGCACGACUACGACGUGAAAAUGCCUAAUUUUACGUUUUUCGGAGGACGUGAACACAAGACAACGACUUUCUUUUUCUUUUCCAGAACUUUGAUGCAGUAUUUUAGAAUUCAACUCCAGAAAUAUUUGCCAACAUUUGACGAAAUGAACGAGAUGGAAUAAGCGCGAUAAAGUUUGAAGCAGCGAGACUUCACUUUUUGAGUGACGUAUUCGUGGCCGUCGCCGUCGUUGUUGCCUAAGCUCGCUAUUAUUACUCAAACAACCUGUUUAUUUACUAGUUGUAUUGAUAAACUUUAGGUGUUUUCCGCUUUUUUUUUUCACUCCUCGUCUCUACUGCUUCUUUAAACAAAUUUUUUUCCUUAGGCUCCUCCAGGUGGAAAAAGGUUUGACGGCAAAGCUGUUGACCCAGGUAACUGCAAUAAACUUGGUUGGCAUUAUUUAAGAAUAAGAUUCACAGAUAAAAGGAUUACCCGGCGGACAUUGCCUUGGAAAUACAUGGCAAUUGCUUCCUUUUACGCUUAUUAAUUGGCUGAAAAAUUUUAUACCACCUUCCCAACUAAUCCCGAAUAAAAAGCCCAAAACAAAACGAGCGGCGCUUAUUUCUUCGAGUUUUAAUUGGUUCGUUUCAAUUUGUGCGGGCGUAUCGUUUGUUCGACACUUAUAGCUGAAGGUAGUUUUAAUGUUUUUCAUUAUCUUUCCUUCAUAGUUUCCGGAAAAUUAUACGCCUUUAACAAAACAACUGGUGAACGCAUGUGGAUACAGGACAUGCGCGAUAGUAGAAAUGGGCCCCAGUCCUAUUACGCCAACCGCAACACGCAAUCAAGGUUUAGUGAUUCGCAACACAGAGUACAAGACUUACCCCCACCCCGAGCGUCGAUAGAGACAGUACACGGGCGAGACAACAGGGCGAAUCGUCUGCAGUUGCCAGGGACACCAGAGUAGAGAUAGGAACAGGAGCAAAAGGGAUUUGCGUGACACUUCUAAAAAGUUGCAUAAUAUUUGAAACUGCGUCAAAUGUUGAAGGAACACAAUAGCGCAGUACUACUAAAUCAUUCAGGUGCCGGUUCUCUUAAGUCUAGCCUGCAAUAUCCUUCCCAGACCGAUAAGAUUAGACGCGAGCUCGAGAGUCGUUAAUUCACAGUCAAACCUGUAAUAAGCCGGAACCUGCAUAAAGCAUGCAGUCUCCCGCUAUUAAGCGGUCACUUUCUUAAGCCCCGAAAAGCAUUUCCCUAAAACACUAAAGAACUGACCCCAAUGAGUUAUCAAGGGUCACUUUUUCAAGACUGAACCACAAAGAAACACUAGUGUGCACAACAUAUGCGGGUUUGACUGUAUACUAAAGAUGUAGGCAAGACUGCGUGACUUGCUGUCAACUAAAAAGUUUUACCUGAUAAGAUUUUAAGGUGUGGAGAAACGUAUUAACCUUCCUUCCAAUCACUCAAUCAAGCGAAACCGAGGAGAAAAUCCUAAGGAACCAACAUUAGAGACCGGUCAUUAUUUAUCGCCGGGGCGGGGGGAGGAUUUGAGGCUAAACAAGGAGAAAUUUAGCUCAUCCCCUCUUUGAAUGUUACUUCACUGAAGUGACCCCCCCCUAACAACAUUUGAUGACUUUCGCGAUCCCCCCCAUGUCUUCAUUUUCAAAGCUAAUUUGAUUGUCCCUCCCACUGCAUCCUUCCAAAGUUUUCAGUGAUCCCCCCUUUUGGGUUCUGCAGUUACGACUGAUCCCCCCUUUUGUUCUUCUAAAA